AUGGCACCGUCGAAUGGACCGUCUAUGCUGAACUUUCUUAACCCAUUCGCAAAGCACGACGCCUCGGAAUUUCCCAAUGUGUUGAUCCCGCUCGAUCAAGCCGUGAGGCAUCAUUCAGUGACAACGCUCAACAACGAGCGAAAGUCAAGCGUGGACACCAGCGCGGACAAGGAGAAGGCAGAGCACUCUCCUCCACCUGUUUACCCUGAGGCUACGGCUCCUGAUGGCCAACCCCGACUCACGCUUGAGAGUCUUCGAGCUGAGAUCGAAGAUGACCUCGCCGCUGCCGGCCACGACUCCGCGUAUGAUAAGAAGUCCAAGGUCAUCAACAAGGCCAUUCAGGACAUUGGAAUGGGCCGGUAUCAGUGGCAGUUAUUCAUCCUCGCAGGCUUCGGCUGGACUGCCGACAAUUUGUGGCUCCAAGGUGUGGCGUUGACCCUGCCCUCACUUUCUACCGAAUUUGGCGUCGACUCGAACACCGUCCGCUACACUACUCUGAGCUUGUUUUUGGGUCUCUGCAUAGGAGCCUCAUUCUGGGGAAUCGCGUCCGACGUCAUCGGUCGUCGACUAGCAUUCAACACUACGCUCUUCCUUGCCGGUGUCUUUGGCCUCGCAGCAGCUGGUGGUCCUACCUGGAUUGGCGUAUGUGCGCUAUAUGCAUGCCUGGGACUCGGUGUUGGUGGCAACCUUCCUGUGGAUGGCGCGCUCUUCCUGGAAUUCCUGCCAUUUGCCAGCGGCAAUCUCCUAACUCUGCUGUCGGUUUGGUGGCCUAUUGGACAGCUGAUCUCCUCCUUGAUCGCUUGGGGCUUCAUUCCAAACUACUCGACAUACUGGGGUUGGAGAUACUUUGUCCUGACCAUAGGGGCCUUGACAUUCUGCAUGUUCAUCUGCCGCUUCUUCCUCUUCCACCUUUUCGAGUCCCCAAAGUUUCUGCUUUCCCGCGGACGACAGAGCGAGGCUGUGGCAGUUGUUCACGGUAUUGCGUACUUCAAUGGCGCGAAGACUUGGUUGACUGAGGACAUUCUGAAUGCGAUCGGAGGCCAUCCAGAUGAGGUGCCGGAUCAGCAGCUCAGUGUCAAGCAGAUUAUUGGUCGAUCUCUGGGCAAGUUCAGCGGAGAGCGCAUUGGUCCUCUCUUCAACGGCUGGAAACUUGGUGUUAAUACCGUCUGUUUGUGGUUCAUUUGGACGACCAUCGGCAUGGGCUACCCACUGUUCAACGCCUUUCUCCCACAAUACCUGUCCACAGCUGGUGGCCAAGACGUAUCCGAAAGCACAACCUACCGCAACUACGUGAUCACAUCCGUGGUUGGUGUCCCCGGCAGCAUCCUCGCGUGCUACACUGUCAACAUCAAAUACGUCGGACGCAAGGGCACCAUGGCGAUUGCUACUCUUCUGAGCGGCAUCUUUUUGAUUCUCUUCACACAGGGAACGACGAGCAACUACCAACUCGCCAUGAGCAGUCUCGAAGCCCUGUUUCAAAACAUUAUGUACGGUGUGCUUUAUGCAUACACACCCGAAGUUUUCCCGGCUCCAAACCGCGGCACAGGAACAGGAAUCUCGAGCUUCUUGAACAGAUUGGCGGGACUUUGCGCCCCAAUUGUGGCUGUCAAUGCAGGAGCUGUCGAUCCCAAGGCACCGAUCUAUGCUUCUGCAGGCUUGUUUUUUGCGGCUUUCAUUGCGAUGGUUCUGUUGCCGAUUGAGACGAGGGGGAGGCAGAGUUUGUAA